CAUAAUUCGCACCGCACAACCAAAAAACACAAAUGGAAAAUGGACGUAGAGCUGAUGCGCUCUGCCUCCAAGCCAGGGGAGCCUUUUUCAUUCACUUUUUCUCUCUGUAUUCGUUCGAAACAGUAGAGAACUGGAUGAGUCAGUCAGAUCUGUCAAAAUGAUUGUGUUUUUUUUUUUCCUGAUGCGCAAAACGAAAAAACACGACAACGUUUUGCUCCCUUUUCCGUUUCGCUGACGAACACAUAUCGCACCUAUCAUAGUACAAGGAAGAAUAGAGCGUUGUCCAAAGCCGAGACGUCAAAACAUAUAUCACGAUCAUUUUUGACCAUUGUACGCACUCAUCAUGGAAGUGAAAGUUUCUUCCACACCCUCCGAGAACGACCGGGGCGGCGCCGACGACCACACCAGCAACCUGAGCGAGUACGAGAAGCUGCGUCUGCAAAAAAUCAAGCGGAACGAAGACCGGAUGAAGGAGCUCGGUCUCUUCCGGACCAAGGAGGCACUCAAGAAAAAGAAGACCGGGACGAAGAAGGAAAAAACCUCGAGGGUGUCCCCCGAGCUCCCGCAGCGACGUUCCUCUCGAAAACGAAAAUCGGUCGCCAACUAUAGCGCGGAACAGGUGAUCCCGAUGUACAGCGACGAAGAAGACCUAGAGUCAGACAGACCCAACACUGACGACGAAGACGAAAUCGAGGACGCAAAAGACGACUACGAAAUCUCUGACAACGAUAAUGACGAUGACAGCGAUCGAGAGGACGAAGACGAAUCGUAUCUGAAGCCAAAACCCCAAAAGAAACGAAAACGAUCCGAAGUCGACAAGCCUAGCGACUCCGGUGCGGCAGCAACCAGCAAAAGCACCAGCACCCGCGAUUCCGCAAUCGAUACUACCUCGUUCGACUGCGUUAACCCGAAAGGCGGCCUCACCCUCGAAUACGCCAAGACCGGCCGGUCCAAGUGCCGCAAGUGUCGGAACCCCAUCGAAAAGGGCAAGCCCCGGGUGGGCAUGGAGGCGUGGAUCGUCGGCCGGAACUGCAUCACCUGGCAGUGCCCGGAGUGCCUCCUGGACAACCUUUGCUGCGCCUACGAAAAAUCGGGAACCGGCAAGGGAAAAUGCAAGUCGACCCACCGCCCCUUUGCCAAGGGAAAGCUCAAGGUUGGCAUCCGCUGUCAUACCGCCACCUCCUACUACCACGUUGGGGCGGUGGUUGACGUUCUAAACAACGUGGUGGACCUGAUGGUGUCCGAUCGAAACAAAUCCUAUACCGGCUUUGAGCUGUCGGUGGAUUCCAUUGACGGAACCAAAAAACUAUCUCCGGAGGACCGGGCGCAGCUGGCGUCGGUCCUGCAGGGAGUGUCCCCGAACCGGGACGGCCCGGCUUCCAAGCGCACCGCUACCCCAGUCGGGGCGAGCGAAAAAGCGAAGAAAAACGCUUCCCCCAGGACUGGGGCGAAGGCGAAAGCUGACAAAGGCGCCCGGAUGGGGUCGCAGCCAAGUGCCGGUGCGAAGACCAACGCGAGGGGCAGAGUAGAGUGGAAGUUUGGUGGGAGGACCUGUUACGGAACGCUGCUCCCGAGCAUGGAAACGAAAACCCACUGCUACGCCAGAACCCAGAGGGGUAACACCAAAACGCUCGCAAAGGGCAAGGACUAUUGGUCGGUCCUCGCCUAGUGAGACCAGCAGCAGAGGAAAGUACGACACUGCACGGCGAUGGAGAAGAAAGGAGGUUUCGUCUGUCGGUGAUCGAUUGUCAAGAGAUUGUAUGUAAAAUAAUUCCUGAAAUCCAUA